AUGUCUAGCAUCCCACAAGUUGCUGUGAAGGAGAACGGCGGAGUGCCAUUUCCCUAUCCAAUGUUAAGCCCUCAUAAUUAUACUGUGUGGGCAAUAAAGACAGAGGCGAUCCUUAAUGCCCAGGGAGUCUGGGAGGUGGUGGAGCCAGUGGAAGGAGCCCAAGUGGAUGCAAAGAAGGAUAAAAAGGCACGUGCAUACAUCUUGCAGUGUGUCCCUGAAGGCAUACUUCUCCAGAUCGCAAAAAAGAAGACGGCGAAGGAAGUCUGGGACAGCCUCAAGACAAGGUACCUUGGAAGUGAUCGAGUUAAGAAGGCACGCGUACAAACACUGAAGAGCGAGUUUGACGCCCUCCGGAUGAAGGAGACCGACACGAUUGAUGAGUUUGCUGGCAAACUCAGUGCUAUGAGCAGCAAGUUCUCCGCUCUUGGUGCCACGCUUGAAGAUUCAUCUUUGGUAAAGAAGUUACUCGAUUCUGUCCCUGAUAAGUUCUUCCCUAUUGUUGUCGGAAUUGAGCAGUUUCAGGAUCUUGAGACGAUACCAUUUGAGGAGACUAUUGGGCGACUGAAAGCGUACGAAGAACGAACACUACGUUUACGCGGCAACACAAACGGCACUGAAGGAGAGCUCCUACUUACUCAUGCCGAAUGGCAAAUACGACAGAAGGGGAGCAACGUGGACACUUUGUCAGGAGGAAAGGGGCGUGGGUCCAGCAGCCCUAGUCGUGGCAAAUGGCGUGGACGUGGGCGAGGGCACAGUCGUGACUGUAGUACACCGAGCCAAGACAGUCAACCAACAGACAGUGCAGGAGGCACUAGCAGCAAUAACAGUGACACUCGAGACAAGAGCCAUAUAAAGUGUUUCAAUUGCGAAAAAAUGGGGCAUUAUACGUCCGAGUGCUACAACAAGCGUCGUGAUGAUGAGGCUCACCUCACUUACGCCACCGAUGAAGAACCAACACUGAUGAUGACCGUGUCCCACGAGGAGUCUCACACUAGGCAUGAGCGGCAGGAUAUCAUUCUACUUAGUGAAGAUAGGUUCCUACUAGAGAUGUAUCGCAGCGUUGAGAAAGGAGAAGAUAAAGACGUCUGGUACCUUGACAACGGUGCCAGCAACCACAUGACUGGCCAUCGUGAGAAGUUUCAAGAACUCGAUGAAACCAUCACCGGGAGGGUGAGGUUUGGUGAUGGAUCAACCAUUGAGAUCAUGGGCAAGGGGACGGUUGUGUUUGAAUGCAAGAACGGUGACCAGAAGGCUCUCCACGAGGUAUACUACAUUCCGAAACUUUGUAGUAAUAUCAUAAGUCUUGGUCAAUUGACAGAAGCUGAGAAUGAAGUGCAUAUGAAAGGAGAUACCAUGAAGGUGAUUGAUAGGAGCGGGAAGCUCUUGAUGCUGAUAAAGUGA